CUCUCUCUACUCUCCCAGGCCCUCCAGGUAUAAAAGGGCCAUCCAUUCCUUCCAGUGUCGUCAGUUCAUUCCAGCACCUCCUCCAAACACAAUGAAGGUCCUCGCCGUGGUUCUGUGCCUCGCUGCCGCCGCCUCUGCCCGCAUGGCUUACACUUUCUCAGACGGGUACCUUGACAUCCUCGGUGCUGAACCUGCCCAGAACUUUGACUGCGUGGGUCGCCCUUACGGCUACUACGCUGACGUGCCCACAGACUGCCGGGUGUUCCACGUGUGUCUGCCUAUCAAUGACGAGGUGGGCGAGGUGGUGGAAACCCAUCACUUCUCCUUCUUCUGCGGCAACCAAACAGUGUUCAGCCAGGAGUCCCUCACGUGCGCACACCCACAAGAGGCCUUCCCCUGCGCCGAGGCUGAGUCCCUUUACGAUUCCUCUAACGCGGACUUCGGAAGGAUCCCCGAGGAGAACUUGUAACGACCCUUCCCGCCACGAUGCCGUCUCCCCGUCCCACCUCUGCCCCAUCCCGCCCUGUCCCUCGCCUCUCUCCUUCCUCCAUGCUGUACAACGCUGAGCGAUAUUAAAAGUAUAUGUUGAAUA